AUGCCAGACACAGAGCCUACCAACAAUACAAGUGAUGGCGGAAAUUCAAAAAAUUUAUUGCCCUACAUGACAAAAAUUGCAUCAAUGCUGAAACAGUUGGGAAUGUUGAAAAAAUCCCUUACAACGGCGCAGCUUAGUGAAUAUGAUGAGGCAGAUUUGUCCGUCCGUCUUGACUAUGUAGAGCAGAUAGGCGCCUCAUUCGAAGAGGCUCAGUCAGCAUUGGAAGAGAUGGUAACGGCCGAAAUGGAAAGUGAAGAAAGGAUGAAAUUUACCGCCUUGUAUUUGGAUGUCAAGGCCAAAUUGACUCGACAGAUGAAUUCCAUCCGGAGAUUGGAAUCAAAUCCCCGGUCUUCGACUGUGCGCCAAUUUUCUGUUGAUGGAGGUCCAUUUUCUGAAAAUUCAUCCUCGACACGCAAAACACGCCUACCAGAGAUCCAGUUGCCAAAGUUUGGUGGAGCUUAUGCUGAUUGGCCGAAUUUCUUUUCACUGUUCUCAACAAUUGUCGACAGCAGCGCAGAACUAAGUGACCUGGAAAAAUUCCAUCAUCUGCGCUCAAGCUUAACAGGUGCCGCCUUGGACACAAUUUCAUCGUUGGAGCUAAAUGAAAGAAAUUAUAUGGAAGCGGUAAAAUUGUUGAAGAAUCGUUUUGAUAAUAAAUUGUUAAAUUUUCAGACCCAUAUAAAGGCCAUUUUUUCGCUGAAAGCUGUGGAAGUUUCCCCAGCCAUUGGUUUGCGCCAGCUUAGUGACAAAUUUAAUUCGCACCUGCGAGCCAUGCAGACGAUUGCCAGUAGAGACCAAUUUGCAGAUGGGCUCCUAAUAUAUUUAGCUGCCACUAAAAUGGAUAGAGAUUCCCAAAUUAAGUGGGAGGAGAGUCUGGCUGUGAAUGAAUUGCCGUCGUGGCAGUCCAUGUCAAGUUUUUUAGAGCAAAGAUGUCGUAUGCUGGAGAACUUGGAGAAUUCCGUGGUUUGUGCCGGCGCUAUUCAGCAAAACAACAAAAAGCAAUCAUUUAAAAAUCGCCACGUACAUGUGGCCUCUGGAAGCUCUUCUCCUUUGUGUGCUUUUUGUGAUUCAAUGGACCACUACAUUGUCAAUUGUCCAUCUUUCAGCAAUCUCUCCCCAUCUCUUCGUUUCAAAGAGGCAAAGCGUUUGAAAUUGUGCCUCAAUUGUCUUCGGAAGGGCCAUGUGUUAAAAAAGUGCAAUUCGGGCUCUUGCAGGCAAUGCUCUUCAAAACACCACACAAUGUUGCAUAUGGACCAAACGCCGUCAGCCCAGCCAUCUGUUGUAGUGGAACCAUCUAUAUCCCAAUCAGUUCUUGUUUCGUCAGCUGAUUCAUCUGGAAGGUCAGCAACCACGGGUGGAACCGUCCUGUUGGCAACAGCUAUUGUCCUCGCCAAAAACAAGUUUGGGAAUUUUGUGCCGUGUCGAGCAAUUUUGGAUUCUGCAUCCCAGUUGAACAUGAUUGCAAAUCGUUUUGCAAAGACUCUUGGCUUAAAUUGUAAUCGAGUCUCAGCCACAGUUUACGGCAUAGGUGAUGGAAGUAUGCUGGUUGAAAAAUCUGUUGAUUUGGUUGUGAAAUCAUGCCAUAGUGAUUUCACCACUUCGUUCGCUGCCAUGGUGGUACCAAGCAUCACUGACUACAAGCCAAAAAUAAAUCUCGAUGCCUCCAACUGGAAUAUGCCCAAGAACAUUCAAUUAGCAGACCCUGCAUUUAACAAGCCGGAUCAUAUCGACAUGUUAAUUGGUGCCGAAUUGUUUUUCAAUCUGAUGUCAGUGGGGCAAAUAAAAAUUGGUGUCAACCUCCCUGUUUUACAAAAAACAUUAUUCGGCUGGGUCGUAGCAGGUGGUAGUUUUCAGCCAUGUAAAUCCUGGUCACUUGCUGUGUCGUAUUCCGAGCUUGAGGAAGAAGAAGAGAAGCUUUCAACCGUCGUCAAAUCCUUUUGGGAAAUCGAGACCAACUUUGUUUAUGAUGAAUCCAGAUCUGACAAUGAACUCUACUGCGAAAAUCAUUUUCUAACCAACUUCGUUCGUUUGCCUUCUGGGUCAUAUUCUGUUCGGCUGCCGCAAAUCGAAAGCAGGGGUGUCUCAUCACUUGGUGGUUCAUAUCAGCGUGCAUUACAACGUCUAAUGUCUUUGGAAAGAAAGUUUCGUCGGAGUCCAGAAAUAAAGGCUCAAUAUACAACUUUUAUGCGUGAGUAUGCCACAUUAAGCCAUAUGUCGUUAAUCUCGCCACAGGUACCCGAAUCGAAGUACUACUUGCCACACCACUGUGUCCACAAGUUGGACAGCACAUCGACCAAACUUAGAGUGGUUUUUGAUGGAUCGGCAAAAACCGCAACUGGGCUAUCAUUAAACGAUAUUUUGCAUUCCGGCCCUACCAUACAACCAAAGCUGUUCAAUACCUUGGUGAGGUACAGGUUCUUUAAGGUGGCCCUUAGUGGAGACAUUUGUAAAAUGUACAGGUGCGUUCGAGUGUCACACCCUGACGAUUACCUCCAAUGCAUUCUGUGGCGAGAGAACGAGGCGGAUGAUAUCAAAACCUAUAAACUGAACACAGUCACCUAUGGUACAAAACCCGCUGCAUUCCUGGCUAUCCGUGCAAUGCAUCAACUUGCAAUCGAUGAAGAAGAGAACUUUCCACUGGGUUCCAAAGUGGUUCGACGUGACUUCUACGUAGAUGACAUGCUUUCUGGUGGCAAUACCAUAGCAGAGGUCGAAGAGAUAAGGCAUCAAGUAACAGCUUUGCUUAAAAAGGGCGAAUUCUUGAUUCGCAAGUGGUGCUCCAAUGAUCCAGAUGCCCUACGGGAUGUUCCUGCAGAAGACUGUGAAACAUUGUUAAAAUUUCAUGACGGUACAGAUGUCACCAAAACUCUUGGGCUCACUUGGGAUCCCCAGAGUGAUAAUUUCAUUUUCUCUUUUACCCCCAUUGAUGACUGGAAGGUGGUGACAAAGCGGUCCAUUUUAUCUUCGAUUGCCCGCCUUUACGAUCCAUUGGGUUUGAUUGGUCCAGUCAUUACAAAGGCAAAAAUGUUUAUGCAGCAUCUGUGGAAACUCAAUCUUCAAUGGGAUGAAAGCUUGCCUCAAUCACUACAUUCAUUGUGGAUUGAAUAUAUUUCGAAAUUCGAUCUGAUGCACCGUUUCACAUUUCCACGGCAUGUUUCAAUGGCGUCGGCAUCAUUGCAGAUUCAUGGUUUCUGCGAUGCCAGCUUGGCUGCUUACGGCGCAUGUGUCUAUGUGAGGUCCCAAUUCAACAGCGUCAUUAAAUCUGAACUUCUGUGCUCUAAAUCGAGAGUUGCCCCAUUGAAGACGCUCACUGUACCAAAACUCGAACUUUCAGCUGCAUGCCUUCUAGCUGAGCUGAUUGAUACUGUGGUGAAAUCUCUAGAUUUUCACUGUGAAAUCCAUUGUUGGUCCGAUUCGAUGGUGGUGUUGUCCUGGCUUCGAGAGCUGCCAUCCAACUUCAACGUUUUCGUUGCCAAUCGAAUUUCUCGAAUUCAGUCAUAUGGGACUCGAAUUACCUGGCACUACGUUCCAACAAAACUCAAUCCAGCAGACAUCUUGUCGAGAGGUGCGACACCUGGGGAGCUACUCCAUUCAUCACUGUGGAAAGGUGGUCCAAACUUCCUGCUGAAUGAAGCAUCAAACUGGCCUGAUACUGCAAGUUAUGUGGAUGACUUACCUGAGCGUAGAAGACAUGUAUUGUUGACGACCUCUCUUACUGAUUUGUCGAUACAGUGUAAGUAUCGCAAUUCUUUUUUGAAAAUGCAACGAAUUUUUGCGUAUGUUUCUAAAUUUGUAUAUUCCAAAUUGAGUGCCCAUACCGAAGUAUUAACCCCUGACGACAUUAGAGCUGGUACUCGCCUCCUGGUUAAAAACAUUCAGCUUGUACAUUUUUCUGAGGAAUACAAGGCGUUGAAAUCAGAUAAGGAAAUUGCAUCGUCUAGCAAGUUGUAUUCGUUGGCACCUAUUAUUGAUGAGUUUGGGUUAAUUCGAGUUGGUGGGCGUCUCCAAAACUCAACCCUGGACUUUGAUGCUCGUCACCCCAUUAUUCUGCCCAAAAAGCAUCCGUUUACUGCAUCAAUGGCAACCCAUCUCGAGGUUGUCCAGGAUUUAUCAACACCUUCAUUUUUGUGCUCGCUUCGACGCUUCGUUGCCACGAGAGGCAAACCCAAAACGAUUUGGUCAGACAAUGCAUCAAAUUUUGUGGGCGCAAAAAAUGAGUUGGAUGAAUUAAAGCAGAUGUUUUCGAGGCAAUCACAUCUAAAUGCCAUUCAUGAUCAAUGUCUUGAUGAUGGCAUUGAUUGGAAAUUUAUUCCACCCAGAUCCCCACAUUUUGGUGGCCUCUGGGAAGCGGCUGUAAAGUCUGCUAAAUUCCAUUUUUAUCGAGCAGUUGGCCUAAACAAACUUACUUUCGACGAGCUACGCACACUAGUCUGCCAAAUUUCUGCAAUCUUAAACUCUCGUCCAUUGUGCCCGCUCUCCGAGGACCCUGAGGACCUAGAUGUAUUGACGCCUGGCCAUUUUUUAGUGGGUGGUCCACUUAUUUCAAUACCCGAGCCGAAUAUGUCAUGGAUAAAUUUCGGUCGUCUCAACAGUUGGCAAAAGGUAUCGGAAUUGCAACAGAUUUUUUGGAGAAAGUGGAGUACGUCCUACCUAACGCUGCUACAAGAGAGAUCCAAAUGGCAGGCUCAAAGUGACAAUAUAUCUGUUGGUGCCAUGGUCGUAAUAAAAGAUGAAAAUUUGCCCCCACUAAAGUGGCAAAUGGGACGAGUGGAGGAAACUAUAAAGGGCGAAGACGGAAUAGUUCGAGUGGUGAAUGUUCGAACAAGUAGCGGAAUUUUUAAGCGAGCCAUAACCAAACUAGCCGUACUGCCGAUAAGUGAAUCAGUUGAAGCCCCAAGACCUUCAACGGGGGGAGGAUGUAACGAUCAGAGGGGCAUGGAUUUGGUGGAGAAGAUUGUCAGCUCCACGUUGUGUGCUGUGAAUGAGGGCGCCCAUACCAAAAUUAGCGGUAAUUGCAGCAGCUCGCCAGACCUAUCUUUUAUAUCACCUGGUCUAAUAAAUGGCCUCUCCUUGCAAGGCGCAUUUCAUUGGGAUCGAACCACUUUCCCUUAA